CGAAUCCGUCGUCGGUCAGCCGCUGCCGUCCGCUACGCUGUCACUCUCGCCCAGUUCGACUCGUCCGUCGUCGGUUUCGUUGUACGCAAGCGGAUUUAGUUAGUGAAUUAAUAAUUAUUAAAUCGUCGUAAAAUACUGUACGUACACGUUUUAUGUGUGUACAUGUAGGGUACUGGGUAAUCGCCUUGGAACGUUCUGUGUUUGGUAGCCGCUGGAGAUGAUUUAAAUCGGAAAAAUAGGUACCUAUCGUGUAAUAUUAAAAAAAAAAAAAAAAGCGGUAGCGAUAUUAAGUGUCGUGUGUAUUUUGGAACACGAAAACGGUCGUUGGUCAGUUUGGCGAGCUUUAGCUUGGAAAACACGAACGAACAAAAGUCUAAAACCGCGGGGAACCCGUGACAACCCUCCCCCCGCCCGUGACGUCCAACCGAAGAGCCGCGCGCCGGAACACCCGUCGUACUGUCGUCGUUGUCGUUGUCGUUGUCGUUGUCGUUGUCGUUGUUGUCGUCGCUGUCGUUGUCGCCGUUUCCAACACGGACUCGCGAACGUGGCGGCGACGGUCGUCCGUCGGUGGCGGCGGCGGCGCCGACGGUUCGGCCGGCGACGCCGAACGGACGUCGUCGGCGACCACCAUGAAGCUGGUGUCGCGUCUCCGGGGCGUGGACAACAGGGACGGCCAACAGCAGCAGCCGCCGCCACCGCCGUCCACGUUGCCGGGUGGCCGGCGGCUGAGCGUGGCCGCUGCCCCGCCACGCGCCGCGUCCGCCACUGGCAUCACGGCGGCCAGGGACCGGUCCAGGUCGCUGUGCGUCGAACGGCUGGGCCUGGCCACGCUCCUGCACCCGGCCGCCUUACCGGUCAGAGAACUCAACAGGAGGCGGGCCUCGUCCGCGCUAUCGUCGUCUAAUGAUCUCAUAUCUCGACGUGGUGUGUUCAGCAGGCGGCAUUAUGGUUCUGUUGAAUUGUUGCCCCAAUUGGAUGCGUCUGGCCAAGAUCCAGGAGGAAGAAGAUUUCGAAUCGAAAAUGGUGACUCUCUGGGAGAAAAAGAAGAGAUAUUUGGAUCACCUUGUACUCCAGUUCUGGAAAAUCCGGAAUUUCAGACAAGAUGGUACUUUAAGUACUUUUUGGGAAAACUGCACCAGAAUUAUGUUGGAUCGGAUGUGGAUAAGUUUCCAUUUUUUUUAUCCGUUGUGUUGACGGAUGCAAAUCAUCAGUGCGUUCCUCAGUAUAGAGCGAUAUUGUGGCGCAAAACGGGAGCACAAAAAAUCCUGUUACCUCAUACACCACACAAGCCAAUGACAGUCAAACAAAUUUUGAGUAAUUUUCCAGCUAUGGAUAAGUUAGAAAAAGGUCCAAAAGAAAUAUUUUCCCCGGAAAUUCAAAAGGAUUUGUUGCUUUUGGAAGAGCAAGAAGGAUCGGUGAAUUUCAAAUUCGGCGUACUGUACACCAAACCUAGCCAAUUGACCGACGACGAGAUGUUGAGCAACGAAAACGGCAGUGAGGAAUUCAAUCAAUUCGUAUCGUUAUUGGGCAACCGUGUACGACUGAAAGGAUGGGACAAGUACCGAGGAGGAUUGGACGUAAAAGGCGACAUGACGGGCGAAUAUUCGGCGUACACGAUAUACGAAGGGCACGAAAUCAUGUUUCACGUGUCCACAAUGUUGCCGUAUUCAAAGGACAACCGACAGCAGGUGGAACGCAAACGUCACAUUGGGAACGACAUCGUCAACAUUGUGUACGUAGACGGGGGUGCGACGCAAAUGUCUCAGUUCAACCCCGCGUUCAUCAAGUCACAGUUUACACAUGUUUUUGCGCUGGUCGCGUACGAUUCGUCAGACAACAGCUAUAAGCUAGUAGUUUACUCCGAAGAAUCUGUACCGCUCUUUGGCCCAUCGUUACCGUGUCCUCCAGUCUUUAAGGUGCCUCAAGAAUUCAGAGAAUUUCUUAUUGUCAAAAUGAUAAACGGCGAGAAGGCAACUUUCAAUACACCCACAUUUGCAAAAAAACGAGAACGAACACUUGACAUGCUUAUCAAAGACCUGUACUCGGACUACAUGUCGGAUUCUAGUAAAGUGGCAAUGUUGAACAGACGGGCAUUCAGUGACGUGCUGCCGGACCCCCCACGCAGCUCGAGGCGCAAAGAGGAGGCUCGGCAAGUGGAGUUCGUGAGGAUAGGCCAGGCCCUCAAGCUGGACACCAUCGUCAAAGGGGAUGCACCCACCAGCCUGGCCACCACGGGGCUGUUCAAGCGAGCGCCCUGGGAACCGCAGUGCUUCUACCCGGAUUUUGGCCACGACAUCGUGUGCGGCGACUCGUGGGCUGACAACCGGCUGGUCAUCAGCACCGACAACAGUGGCGUGUUCGUAAUCGAAGAUGGCGUGUCUCAGAGGCAAAUCUUCGACAAGGCGAUACAAGCCAAUCAGUUGAACGUCGUAGAAGCUCACGGUAUCCUUUUGUUCAGGACCGAAAAAGGGCGCGACAGCAAGAUAUACGUGUUCAGACUGUCCGAGUUCGAUGCUGACAUGCAGACGGAAGUAAAAAGCAAACCGGACCUCAAAGACCAUAAACUAGAACGCACGAGGGGCUGCAGUAUGUACGCGAUUAGUAAGCCCGGGGGCUCGAGGCUCAAAAUGGUAAUCUGUGUGAACCGCAAACUGACGCUGAUGCAAUGGAAACACUCGGCCGCCUGGACAGCUUGGUGCCCGGCCAGCGACACGGACACGGUCGAAGGGUUCAUGUAUCUGAGGGAAUUCCAAAUCGCCGAACAGCCGUCGAUCAUCACUCUAAUCGAGUCGGCCGUCGGUGGCAACUCGGACACUUGCAGCAUAUGCGUCGGAUACAAACAUCAGUUUGACAUCAUCACCGACGGAUCGGGCACCGCCCGCCGGUUGUUUGCAGUCCAAGAGGGCACCAAAGCUCACCUGGUGUCGGCCACCGAUCUCUACGAGGACGAGGAGCCUGAGUUGCUGUUGUGCUAUAACAACACUUGUCAUUUUCAAAAACUCAGCGAGACGAACAAUACGACUGAAUUUGAUUUCCAUUGGAAUUCCAUUCCGAAAGACAUAGUGUGUUCCUUCCCGUACAUCAUAGCAUUUACCACGGAUACAAUGGAAAUCAGACUUAUAAUCAAUGGCAAUUUAGUUCAGACCAUGGCUAUGCCAAAACUAAAGUUAAUUUGUUCCAAGAAUGACAUAUAUUUCGCAACUACUGCUCCUGAAUUUUUCCACGGGAAAAUGGAAAGACUGCAAAUGGACCAACAGAAAGCAGAACGAGAAAGCAUGUCACCGCCUGCUUCGCCACACUUGUCUCCGGAAACUAAACCGUUGCGCCUGUACCGGAUACCUUUGAACGCUCUCACCGGCGUGGUCGGCCCAUACGACCGGAAAUGCGUCAACGAGGCCGACGACUCGAACGAAAACAAAACCGUCGAGAACCUCAAACUGACGGAGAGCAAGUCCCGGACGUCGGCUAGCAGGAGUUGCACAGCAUCGCCGACGACAGGUCUGAACGCGACUAAUCUGCUGCUGCACAAGACAUGAACUUUCCGACGGUCGUUACUCACCAUAUAAUUUAUAAAAAAAAAUGCUUUAACGCGUACCUACAUAAUAUUUUGUAAAAAAAAUUGUUAUUACCGCGCAUCACUACCUUUGGCAUAUUCAGGCGGCUGCCCGUCAUCGGCAUUGACCAACCGUGGUUAGCCACAGACCUGGAGGAAGAUUUUUUUUUAUUUAACUAAAAAAAAAAUUAAUUCCAUUACCGACGUCCACACGGAUACCGUAUACACCUAUAUUAUAAUAAUUUAUACUACCAUCGCGGGGGAGAGCGUCAUAUCAUUAUGCGGUGUCAAUGCACAACAAGUGCAUUCGUGCCAAAACCGCUUAGAUACGCUACCUACUGCAGUACUUUAAAAUUAUUAUUAUUAUUAUUAUUAUUAUUAUUAUUAUUAUUAUUAACUGUAUAUUAUUAUUAUCUUCUAACAAUCCUUCUGUGUUAUGUAUAAAAUACGCAUUAAGCGUUUGGAAAUAGAAAACACAAAACAAGGCAUAAAAUACAUAAACAAUUACAGCAUUUUAUUACAUUGAAUCAUUGACUCACAAAAAUGACUAGGCUCGAUCCAUACAUCCACUGCAAACUUUUCAGUAUACAGUGCGAAAGCGCAUAUGACGUCUUCUGAUCAUUAUUUUACAAUAAUUAAAGGGUAUGCAGUACAAUAUGGUGAUCGAAAUAUUUAUACUUUAUUCGGAGUACUUACCCACCUAUUUAUUAGUCAAUACCUUAAAAUAUUGACUUAGUGUACAAUUUUCUGUUUUGGUAUUUUUAAAUACACAAAAUUCAUGAGUAUUCUAAAAACCCAUCGUGGGUAAGCCUUUCUUUGUACUUACCCUAAAUUACAUUUAUCGACUUGGUUUUUACAAGUCAACCAUUAUUUUUAAUUCUAAAAACGUGAUCAGAUAUAUUUUUUUUAUUAUUUAAUUUAUGAUUGAGAUAC